AUGGCAGUGACAGAUUUCUUCGCCGGAGAGAUCGUGACGGAGCUUCUGAAGACCCUCUUAGCCAUCUCCAGAAAGUCAUGUCUCAGCAAAGGAACUGCAGAGAGCCUCAUAACCUCCAUCAAUGACCUCCUCCCCAUAAUUCACGAGAUCAAAUACUCUGGCGUGGAGCUACCAGCCACACGCCAGUUCCAGCUCGAUCGCUUCUCCGAAGUUCUGAAACAGGGCCUCGAGCUGGCCAACAAGGUCCUCGCCUCCCCACGCUGGAACGUCUACAAGAACCUCCUCUUGGCCAAGAAGAUGGAGAAGCUUGAGAAGACGGUGUCCAGAUUCAUGCAGGGCCCAUUGCAGGCCCAUAUAUUGGCUGACGUGCACCAUAUGAGGUCUGAAACUGCUCAGCGGUUCGACCGGUUUGAAGGGAACCAGCGGCUGGAGCAGCGGCUUGGGGCUUUAAAGAUUGGAACUUGUAGUAGUGGUGGCGGCGGCGGCGGGUGGAUGGAAGAGGCUGUGAGGAGGGUGGAAGAGGAGGGGAAGAUGAAGUGGGAGAUCAGCAAUUCAUUGGUUUUGGGAUUGGGUUUGGGGAUGAAGAAGGUGAAGGAGAUGAUUUUUGGGAGAGAGGAUUUGAGGGUUGUUGGGAUUUGUGGGAUUGGAGGCUCUGGAAAAACCACUCUUGCUAGAGAGCUUUGCAAGGAUGAUCAAGUUAGAUCGUACUUCCAGGAAAGAAUUUUGUUCCUGACAGUGUCACAGUCUCCAAAUGUGGAGCAACUGAAAGCGAAGAUUGUGGGAUUUAUUAUGGGGAACCAAAUUUUGAGUCCUACUUCUGUGCUUCCUCAAUGGAAUCUGCAAUAUGAGUGGCUUAAUGUAACAAAAACUCUGGUGGUUUUGGAUGAUGUGUGGUCACUCGCAGAGCUUGAGCCACUGCUCUUUAAAAUUCCCGGUUGCAAGAUACUUGUAGUCUCACGUUUCAAAUUCCCAAAAGUUAUAGAUGCCACUUAUGACGUGGAGUUGUUAAAGGAAGAUGAAGCCCUCUCUCUGUUUUGCCACUCUGCUUUUGGCCAAAAGUCAGUUCCUCCUGCUGCUGAUAAAAAUUUGGUGAAGCAGAUUGUUAACGAGUGUAAGCGACUUCCACUGGCUCUUAAAGUGAUUGGAGCUUCAUUAAGGGACCAGCCUGAAUGGUAUUGGGCAAAUGCAAGGAGCAGGUUGUCACGAGGAGAAGCUAUUUGUGAGUCCCAUGAAAACAAUCUACUUCAACGGAUGGCAAUAAGUGUGAAUUGCUUACCCCGAAAAGUUAAGGAAUGUUUCUUGGACUUGGGUGCCUUUCCAGAAGACAAGAAGAUCCCUCUUGAUCUGCUUACCAACAUGUGGGUUGAAACACAGGGUAUUAAUGAAGAAGGAGCGUUGGCUAUUGUUGCCGAGCUUUCAGAUAAGAAUCUCCUUACCCUGGUGAAAGAUGCAAGAGAUGGAGAUAUAUAUAGCAGUUUCUAUGACAUCUCUGUUACACAGCAUGAUGUGCUGAGGGACCUCGCUCUUCAUUUGAGCGAUGAUGACUGCGUAAAUAAUCGCAGUCGAUUACUUAUGGCAAGAAGAGAGGAAGAACUUCCAAGAGAAUGGGACAGGUAUUCAGAUCAGCCAUUUAAUGCCAGGAUGGUAUCAAUUCAUACAGGUGAAAUGAAAGAGAUGGACUGGUUCCAGAUGGAGUUCCCUAAAUGUGAAGUGCUCAUUUUGAAUUUUGCCUCCAACGAGUACCUUUUACCUCCCUUCAUUGCCGACAUGCCAAAGCUGAGGGCAUUGAUAAUAAUGAAUUACAGUACAUCAAAUGCAACCCUCCAUGGGUUUUCAGUGUUGUCAAUUCUGCCUAAGUUGAGAACCCUCUGGCUUGAAAAAGUUUCGGUCCCUCAAUUAUCCCCCACCCCCCUGAAAAUUUUGAGGAAAUUUUCAAUAAUCCUAUGCAAGAUUAGUAACAGCCUUGAUCAAUCAGCCUUUCCUCGGCUAAUGGAACUCACAAUCGAUCAUUGUGACGAUUUAUUCAAGCUGCCUUCAUGCAUUUGUGAAAUGCAUUUGCUCAAGUACCUGAGCAUAACCAACUGCCACAGCCUAUACCAACUGCCAACUGAUCUGGAUAAGCUGAAAUCUCUGCAAAUCCUAAGGUUAUAUGCAUGUCCGGCACUGCAGACGCUUCCUGCUGGCAUUUGUGAGCUACUUUUUUUGAAAUACCUAGACAUUUCCCAAUGUGUUAAUUUGAGGUGCCUUCCCAUAGGCAUUGGUAAGUUAGCAAAUUUGGAAAAGAUUGACAUGAGGGAGUGUUCACAAAUCAGGAACCUACCAAAAUCUGCUACAACAUUACAUUCUCUGCGUCGUGUAGUAUGCCAUGAAGAGAUGUCUGGGCUGUGGAGAGAUGCAGAGAAGGCAUUGCCGGACCUUCUUGUUCAGGUAGCAGAGAGACAUUUCGAUCUGGACUGGCUUGACGAGUGA